UCGCCUGCUCCUCGUCGCCGUUCCCUGUGCUUCCACGUCCGCCGCCCAGCGCCAUCCUAUCUCGUGUGGUAGCAUCUUCAUCUCCUCUCUGCGAAAGCUUCGCUUGUGGUCCCUGAUCAAUAACCUACUGCUCCGUACUGUAUCUCUCCCAGUUCGCCUGAUUCUCCCUCCAUCCUCGCCUCGGAAGACCCUUUGGAUCCGUUGUCCGAUCGAAUCCCGCCUCCGCGGUUCGAAGGAUACGAUUUUUUGGCAUAAAAUUUGUAUUUUUUUGGGUUUAUUUGGUCAAAGUUGCAAUCUUUCGGAAGCCUGAUUCGGAUGGCGCUGCAAGUCUGCGGAGCAGGUUUCUCGCUGCUCCCUCCCCUGGGACGGCGGGCGGUUAUCUCGAGGGCUGUUGCUCCGGAGAGUACUACGACAAAGGUGGAAGUGGAGAAGGUUAACCUGGGGGGAUCCGAGGUGAGAGUCACCAAGAUUGGGAUUGGUGCGUGGUCAUGGGGAGACACUGCCUACUGGAAUAAUUUCCAAUGGGAUGAUAGGAAGUUGAAGGGAGCCAAGGCUGCUUUCAAUGCAAGCAUUGAUGUGGGCAUAACCUUCUUUGAUACAGCUGAAGUUUACGGUGCCGGGGUUAUGGGGGCAGUGAGCUCUGAAUUAUUACUUGGAAGAUUCAUUAAGGAGAGGCAGCAAAAAGAUGUUGAAGUUGCUGUUGCCACUAAGUUUGCAGCGCUGCCAUGGAGGCUGGGUCGACAGAGUGUUAUCUCUGCUCUGAAGGCUUCACUCUCACGUCUUGACCUUGCAUCGGUUGAACUAUACCAGCUGCAUUGGCCAGGAAUAUGGGGAAAUGAAGGGUACAUUGAUGGCCUUGGGGAUGCUGUUGAACAAGGCCUUGUCAAAGCUGUUGGUGUCUCAAACUACAGUGAAAAGCGCCUCAGAGAUGCUUAUAAUCAACUGAAGAAACGGGGAAUUCCAUUAGCUUCAAACCAAGUUAAUUACAGUCUACUAUACAGGCUUCCGGAGCAGAACGGCGUGAAGGCUACAUGUGAUGAAUUGGGGAUUUCUCUGAUUGCAUAUUCUCCUAUCGCACAAGGUGCUCUGACCGGAAAAUACACACCAGAGAAUCCUCCAACUGGCCCUCGAGGACGAAUUUAUACUCCGGAGUAUCUCAGAAAGCUGCAACCUCUUGUCACAAGACUUAAGGAGAUUGGACAAAAUUAUGGCAAAACUCCAACACAGGUGGUUCUGAACUGGUUGAUAGCCCAGGAGAAUACAGUGCCCAUACCAGGUGCAAAAAAUGCAGAACAGGCAACAGAGUUUGUGGGUGCUCUAGGAUGGAGACUCACAGAACAGGAGAUUGAGGAGCUGCGUUCGAUCGCAUCAGAAAUGCCAUCAAUCGUUGGGUUUCCUGUCGAAAAGCUAUAACUGCCUCGAGCAAAAAGUCUAUGUGCAAAUUAAUAGAUGUAGAUGGGCACGAUUUCUCUUCACUGUUUUCUCGCCUGUACUUUUCCUGCAAUGGGAAUAUGAUCUUUAUAUUGGGCAGCUUUUGCAUCAAAGACGACUUUUUUUUGUAGUUCCUCGGAAUAGUUUAUGUAAAAUGGUGCGAUAAUGACAUUAGGUGCCUCAAUUA